AUGGCCCUUUCCCCUUUCCGGAAACGAGUCCGAGAGGGAGUUUGCAGAAACGGCUCGCCAUCAAAAGUGCAGUCCCAUUUCCGGUUUCGGCUGAGCAAGCAGCUCUUCGGUCUGCCUGCUACUGGUAGCACUUCGACGAUGGUGUCGGAAGGCAACCAAGACGGUGGACUUGUGAGACAUCUCGGAUGCGCCUCUGGUUCGUCUCUGGUUCGCUUGCGACCGCUCCGGACACAAAGCUCAGGCUUCUUGGCAGAACUGCGAUCAACAGAGGCCGGACUUCGCCUCGUGCCAGAAAGAGAAUACAGCGGCUGCGGCCGAUCUGCCAUCGCUCAAACGUUGGGGAUGGGCAAGCCGCAAAAUAGCGUUGGCGUCACGGGCAUUCCCAGCCGUCUCCGACAUAGGAAUUCCGAUCUCUCGUGCCUCGAAGCAAGUUCCGCAUUGGCUUCAGGACUCGCCGAUCUGCACCAACUUCUGCACACAGACAGCCUUGAACGGCAUGCCACAGUCAGCUCCCGCGCUGAUUAUCACAUCACGCCUUGUCUAGCCCACACAGAUGCCGACAGUGGCCCCUCUGUGCCUUUUCGCAUUACUCCAUCCCGCCCCAGCCUCCCUUCACUCGCUGCUUUUGAGACGACCGAGGCUAGGUCUUCGAACGAUGAUUGCUGA